AUGGAAUAUAACGAAGAAUCAUUAGAGAUUCUAAAUAAACUUAUUCAUGUUUAUAAAGAAUAUUUCAAUGAUAAUAAAAUUGGUAGAAUUUCAUUAAAUGAAGAGGAAGAAGAGGAUAAAGAUCAAGAAGAAGAACAACAACAAAAACAACAACAAGAAGAGGAAGAAGAAAUAGUGAAUGAAAAUAAAAAUAAAACAAUAAUAAUUUUAAAAGAAUUAAAUGAAAAUAAUAUUAUAAAACAUUCACUUGAAUUUAUUUGUGAAAAGAAUAAUAAUCAAAUAUCAGACUUUCAAAUAAUACAAUCUAGAGAGACAACAUUAACAAUUGUAACAUUACUUUGUAAUUUAAUGAGACACCAAUCAAAUUUAUUCAAUCAAUUAGAAUUGGAUGAAUUUUAUAAAACCAUUUUAUUCAUGUUAAAAGAGUUAUUAACAUCAUCAAUGUCAUCAUCUGCAUCUUCAUCCUCAUCUUUAUCAUUUGAUGACGAUGGCAACCCCUCAUCAUCGUCAUCACCAAAACAUACUUCAGCAACAGCAGCAGCAGCAACAACAACAACAGUAGGAAGUAACGGUGAACAUAUUAUAUCACCAGUAAUUAAUAGAAUUAAAAAGAGUAGUACAGGUGGUAAUAUUAGAUUAUCAACAAAUAAUACACAAAGUAAUAAUCCAAGACAGCAAUUAUAUAAUAUCGUAUCGGUGACAUUAUUAGGUACAGUUUGUUUAUUAUUCCCAUCGAAUCAACAAUUAUUAAUAGAAUCAAUGCCAUAUCUUUUAGAAAUUGGUCGUUAUAAAUCACAAACUCAAACUUUAGUUUUAUCAACAAUUUCUUCUGAAAUCAUUAAUAGACCAAAAGUUUUAUCAAAUUAUGUUUUACAAUUUAUAAAUUUUUCAAAAGAAAAUUCAAAUGUAUUUUCAAGUAUUACAAAUUUAUAUCAAUAUAAUCAAACAGAUUUUGAAAAUAAUAUAAAGGUAUUAGUUGAUUGUUUUAAAGAACCAGAGAAUAGAGUUGGUAUUUUAUCAAUUUUAUCAGAGAUAUCAAAGAGAUCACCAUUGGUUUUAAUACCAUACAUUUCAGAUUUAAAAUUAUCAUUAUCACAAAUUUCAAUCUCUAGUCAAUUUACAAUUAUAAUAAAAUCAUUAGCUUCAAAAUAUCCAAAUUCAAUUUCACCAAUUGUUGAUGAUAUUAUGAAAGUUUUAGAUAAUGUUAUAAAUAGUAAAUCAUCAUCAUCAACAAAUACAAAUACAACUACAACAACAACAACAUCACCAUCAAUAUGUUCAUCUUAUUCUUUACCAGAGAUAUUAGGUAUGUGCGGACCUGAUAAAACAUUUGAAGCAUUUAAUUAUUUAUAUUCAUUAUUAAAGAGACAACAAGAGAAAAAUACAAUACCAACCAUUGAUGAUAGUAAUAUUGUAGUUUCAACAUUAAAGGGUUUAAAAGCAAUUCAAAAAACAUCACCAUUCUUAAUUAAUAUGAAUGAUCCAUUAUUUCAAAAAUAUAGUAGUUCAAGUGGUCGUAAUAGUAAUGAAUUAAUAUCUUCAUUUACAAAUUCUUUAGUUGAUGAUUUAUUAUCUUCAAAUUCAAAUUCAAAUUCAAAUUCAAAUAAUAAUAAUAAUAAUAAUAGUAAUAAUAAUAAUAAUAUAGAGAACAAUAAUAAUAUAAAUAAUAAUAUAAAUAGUAAUAAUAAUUUAGAAUUAAUAGAUGAAAAAUUAAAAUCAUUAUUAAUUGAAGAUAAUAAUAAUAAUAAUAAUAUUAAUAAUAAUUAUGAAAAUUUAAGAAAAUAUUUUACAUCAAAUAAUAAGUUUGUUUUAUUAUCAUUUGAUAUAUUAUUAUCAUUAACUAAUUUACCAAGUCAUUCAACAAUUAAUGAUAAUGAUAAUGAAAUUAUAUUUACAUUUAUUAAUGGUGAUAGAAAAUCAAAUCUUGUAAUUCAAUUAGUUAAUGAAAAUUUAACAAAAAUUAGUCAUUGGGUAAAAAUUAAUUAUUUACAAUCAAUUGUAAAUUUAAAAACUUUUUUAUCAAUUCAACAAUUAAUUCAAAUUUAUAGAAUAAUAAAUAAUAAAAAAAAUGAAAAUGAAGAAAAAGAAAAAGAAAAAGAAAAAGAAAAAGAAAAAGAAAAAGAAAAAGAAAAAGAAAAAGAAAAAGAAAAAGAAAAAGAAAAAGAAAAUGAAAAAGAAGAUCAAGAUGAAAAAUCAACAUUUGAAAUUAAUUAUUAUAGUAUUAUAUGUAAUCCAUUUUUAAAUUCAAAGAUAAUUUUAGAAUUAAAUCAAGAUAUUAAUAAUAUUCAUAAAGAUUUAAUUAGAAGGAAUAAUGUAGCACCACCAACAAAUUCUGAUAAUCCACCAACAAUUAUAGUUGAUGUUGUAAAAAAUAAUAAUAAUAAUAAUAAUAAUAAUAAUAACAAUAAUAAUUUAAUAAAAGUACCAUCAUCUUCAAAUAGUAAUAGUGGUAAUGAUAAUGGUAAUGGUAAUGGUGAUAGCGGAUCAUUAUCAAAUUCUACAACCAAUACAUCAAUUUCAUCAUUUUUACAAAGUCGUUAUCAAGGUUCAUUAGUAAAGAAAUCAAAAUAUCUUGGUAGAAAAACACCACUAUGGUGUAGUUUAUCUGAUAAUGCUUUAAUUGGUUAUAAUAAGAAAUUCGAUACGUCAAAUCCUAAUAAUAAUAAUAAUAAUAAUAAUAAUAAUAAUAAUAAUAAUAAUAAUAAUAAUAAUAAUAAUAAUAAUAAUAACAAUAAUAAUAAUAAUAAUAAUAAUAAUAGUAAUAAUAAUAAUACAACUACAACCAAUAAUUCAUCAAAUUCAAUAAAUGAUAAUGAAAAUAGUGGUAGUAGUAGUAGUAGUAAAUAUGUAAUUAAAAUACCUUAUGGUGAUAUUAUAGAGAUUUUACAUUCAAAGAAAAAAGAGAAUUCAUUUUUAGUAUCAACUGAUAAGAGAAAAUAUUUAUUCACUGCAAGUAAUCCACAAGAAAAAGGUGAAUGGAUUCAACAAUUAGAAGCAAUGAUCAGAAAUUCAUCUGAUAAUCAAAAUAAUCAAAAUAAUCAACAACAACAACAACAAAAUGAUGAUAGUGAUGAAGUUUUAUCAAACUCUUCUUCAACAAUUACAUCACCUGUAACUUCACCAAAUUUAAAAUCCGAAAAUGGUAAAAAUACUCAUAAAAGAUUAAAGUUUAGUUUUUCACAAUACAUAAACUUUAAAAAGAAAAAUUAA